CACUUAUCGGACACGAUUGGUUUGUCACCAAACAACUUCACAACCAUGUUCGUUCUGCCUCCGACGAUGACCUUUGCAUACUUCUCCGAUACCGCAUCUGUUCCGACCAACAUGAUCACGAGGAAGGAUCACCAAUAUGCUGAAAGUUGGGGCAGUUGUGAUGGCAUUGUCUUCUUCUUCGACUCUUCCUAUAUGCGUGAUACUAUCGUUAUAGCUAACCCCGUAAUAGGAGAAUACAGAAUUCUUCCAGAGUCUUGCAUUUGUCUUCCACUUCCUGCUCUAUAUCAUGGUGAUGAUAAUGAAGAUUAUUUAGCGCGUGUCGUGGAUGCCGUGGGACUUGGCUAUGAUCUUAAAUCUAAUGAUUAUAAAAUUCUAAGAGUGUGGGAGAUAGAAAGUUAUAACUAUUCACGCCAACGAUUUCCUCAAAGAGCUGAGGUAUACACCUUCAGUACAAAUUCUUGGAGAGAGAUUAACAAUUUUGCUAUGGAAGUGGAGAUUGACAACGUUGUUAUGGAAGCUUGUUUUACUCCCAUGCCUUCUUUUGAUCGAUAUUGGAAUGGAGCUUAUUAUUGGUUUGUUUUUUGUUAUGAAAGAGCAGGAGACACCAUUAGAAAGCAUUUAAUUGCUUUGUUUGACAUGAGUGAUGAGGUUGUCCGAUAUAUAGGCUUGCCAAAAUCAUGUGAAGAACCAAAUGAUAAUGCUACUAUGUUCUAUAGCCUUAUAGAGUUGAACGGAUCCCUUACUCUCUUUCAUUAUCCCUUUCAAGUUCAAGAGAAGCCAUUUGAUAUUUGGGGGAUGGAUAAAUUUGGGGUUAAUGGGACUUGGACAAAGAUAUUAUGUAUUGGACCUCUUUUGGGUAUCGAGACGCCACUACUAUUUGGGAAGGAUGAUGAGCUUCUUAUGGAAAAUAUUGAAGUUCAGCUUGCAAGCAGGUUCAAGCGGCAAUACAACCAUUACCCAUGGAAGUCAAGGUGGAGAACUUCUCACUUUGGUUUGGUUGUUGAUGAAUCAUUUGGAUCUGGGAACCGAAACUACACCACAUUGAUUCGUUGGAUACUAUCAUCUCAGAAAAGAGAAUCAGCAUCAGCCGCAUCAGAGGGCGAUUCAUUUAAUUAAUGGUUAAAUUAGUAAAUACUAAUAGGUGUGAUAAAGAAGAGGGUGUAUCAAUUAUUUUGUUUAUUCUAUUGACCUCUUUACUUAUGUACCAUCUACCAUCUCUUAUUGUUUUUUAAAUGACACCAUCUUUUAACUUAUCCUCUCAUUUUAGUCUAUAUUAUAUUUACCAUUUUAAACUAUAUCUAUACUCACUUUCCCUUUCUAUAUUAAUAAAUUAUCUGUUAUAUG